AUGACGAGUGAGACGGUCAGUGACGCCGAGUGGGGCGAAAUGCUGCUGGGGCAAUACUUCAAGAUGCUCAGUGGGUUCGCGCAAGACCAGGCCAAGGAUAUCGUCGACAGAGAAAAGACGAUUCAAUCCCAGAAUGUCGCCAACCCACAGCAUCAUCAGUCGGCUUUGGAUUCUGCGAAUUCCUCGGCUCGAGCGACGCUCUUGGGCAUCCUAGGUCAACUCGCUUUGGCAGAGAAGACGUAUCACAGCAUGUGCUUUUUUGUCGCCAAGGGAUUCCUCAGGAAGGAUUCUUCGCUGAGAAGCUCGUACGAGGGGAUCGUGUCGGAGUUGUUGGUGCUGAAAGAGGGGGCCAAGGGAUCUGCGAACCGCGGCACGCCUGCUCAUCUCCUGGGCCAUAUCAGCGAACAGGUAUUGCAAUACGUCUUCGCGCGGAUGGAAAUGGUCAACUUCUAUGAACACCUGGGUUCGUCUCGACCUGACACGCAGCUAGUCCCUUGGUCUCAGUUUCUCGAGGACCUCCGCACAAUUUGCGACAAGAAUCACCGACUGUUCCAUCACCCCAUGUUGGCUCAUGUCAAAUCUGCAUUUGAUUUCGAGACCGAGGCUAUGUUGCACAUGAUUGAGGCGCAAGUUCAUUUGGAAGAUUAUCAGUUUUUGGCUUCCUUGCUGAGUUUGAAUGAAGCCCACGCCAAACUCAACUCUUGGGAGUCUUUGGCGCAUGCAUGUGACGAAUUCAGGAACUCGGGAAAAAUAGGACUGUCCGCUGUCAUUUCUUUGUCUGGGAGGACGCCUCCCGAACGAGCUUUGCUCAGAUGGCAUACGGCUUUCAAAGCGUCGCUGGUCUCCAAAUUUUCUUUCUACUUCUACGAAAAUCUAACCGCGCAAGGAGGGUAUCACGUAGAUCGAAUGAAGACGCUGUUCGCGAGACUUUCUUGCGAUUAUUAUCAGAAAGUAGCUGCCUUCCACCGACGCGGUGAUGCGCCGUGGAUUCUUCUAGCUUUUGACGCUGGUGGAAUGCCCGUCCAUUAUGGAUACCGAUUCCCGUUGCGGUAUCCAGUUAGUGUGCAAGGACUCGAAAGUUUUCCUGCGAUUUUAAUAUACCCGCCUGGCAUGCCCUUGGCACCCGCUCACUGGCCGUCGAUCGUGAUGCUGCUCUCUGACCCUGUGAAGUCAGCUGAGGCGAAAGAGAGACCUGUGAUGUUUUACGACGAACGAAUGGAAUCCUCGUACUACUUUAUGCGGGUCGAGCCAAAAAUAACGCUUUUCGUGCUGUUCCAGAGACGUAAGAUUGGCCGUGACAGCGCUGUUGUUACGUUCAUGAACGACAUGGUGUUCGGAUUACGUGCAUCGAAACUCAUUGUCACAUUGUGCCCGAGAUCCAAAUGACGAUUGUAAUGACUUGAUUUUAUUUUUGUGACGAAAAACUCAAUUUAUCAGUGGGUACGAUGAAAAAAGCCGUGGGCUACUCUUUCCGCGGUGUCAUGAAUGGGAGAGUUUCGAUCCUCUCGUUGUGUGACGUGUGAUUCCAUUUGAACUGACGUGUGAUAAUUUACUGCCUUUUUCUGGGGAUAAGAGCUUGCUUCCAAGAG